UUCGGGCUACCUGUAUGCGAAUGAAGGGGCAGGGGCAUUGAAAUGGGCAAGUCUCCGUCGGUCAUUCACGAGUGUCACAAGCAUCUUUCGCUUGUUCCCUCUGCUUCAAAAGUGGGCCAUCGUCAUCAUUAGCCUGCUGUUUGACAACCACAGGGAAAGCUAUCUACUGAAAACUGCUGCUUCUCUAGUUCUAUGGGACAAACCUUUUAGCCCGAGUGCCAGGUAUGAGGAUCAGGCUGCAGGGCUCCAGUCAUGCGGUGCGUCUCCUCUCUGAACUCAACCGCUGCCGCCUGUCCCGUCUCCUCUGCGAUGUGGUGCUUCAGGUGGGUGGGCGCUCCUUUCCAGCCCAUCGAGCCGUCCUGGCCUGCUCAUGCACACACUUCCACAGUCUCUUCUCUCAAGGCCCGCGCUCCACUCUCUCCCUGGACUUUGUGUCCGCAGCCAACUUUGAGAAGGUGCUCACUUUCAUCUACACGGGGGAGAUCUUCACUGACCUUAUCGAUGUGAGGGUGCUGUAUGAGCUUGCUGAGAGGUUGGGUGUGAGGGAACUGGUGCAGGCGUGCCAUGCCACCUUCCCUGACCUGCAGAGCUCCUCCGCGGGCCAGUGCGGCCACGAGCGGGACUUGGACCCUGAGGCCGCAUCAGCUGGUGUUGCCAUGGCUGCCUCUGUGUGCUCGUCCUCUGCCGCGUCCUGCUCUUCGCUUUCCUCCUCUGCUGCCCCAACUCCAGCCACCCCGUCACCAUUCUCUCAGGGCAGAGCCUCCAGGUUGGGCCAACCUCAUGCCGUGUCCCUUUCACUCUCCCUGUCACCAAAGGCUGAGGACGCACAGUCACACGUUGCGUACAGCCAGGUGCCAGACAGCAAGCCCUCCUCAGAUGCACAGCACUCGCAUACAUUGGCAGAGUGUCCCCCAGUGCUCCCUCUUCAGCUGAAGAUGGAAGUGGAGGAAGAGGAGGUGGCCAGUGGAUGUAUGGAAGAAAGGACCGAGAAAGAGCGGGGUGAGCUGGAGAACACACAAGCAGUGGUCAGUGGGACUAAAACGUUAGCGGGUACCAGUGUCCCACUGAGCAGGGUCUCAGAGGCCUGCUCCUUCCCAGAUUCCUCUGCCCAGCUGGGCAACGAGACCUGUGCUCCGUCCUCCUCCUGUGCAGAGCCUCUGGACGGCCUGCAGAUGGGGCCAGUGGAGGAUGGAGUGGUGGCCACCAUCUUUGAAGAGGAGAAGGCUGAGGAGAGAAGGAGGUUGCAAGCCGGGGAGCAGCCAGAGGGGGCUGAGCAGUGGAGAGGGCUUGCCGAGGAAAUCAUCGAGUUGAGCGACGAAGAGGAGCGCUACCUGGAGGAGGAAGAGGAGGACGAGGAUGAAGAAGAUCUGGUGUUUGUCGAGAACGGCAGUGGGAAUGGCAGCAGCGGCGCGGAUGAUCCAUCCAGAGAGGCAGGCAUGGCAGCGGCGGCAGCAUGUAAAGCCUGUGGGCUGGCACUCCCAGCAGACACCACGGCCAUCCGGGCCCACGCCGAGACGCACCUGACAGAGACAGGCGAGUGCCGCGUGUGUGGAGCGGCCUUCCCAGAGCAUGGCGCCAGCGUCACUCACGCCCUCUCGCACGUGGGCAUCCUGUUGUUCUCUUGUGACAUGUGCCAGCUGCAGUUCAGCAGUCAGGCCAAGUUGGUGCGCCACCGCCGGCAGUCGGCAGCUUGUUACAGCCUCCCCUCCCCCGAUCAGCUCAACAGUGUUACCCAGAGCCAAGGGGGAGAAGUGCAGUGUGCCGUAUGCACCAAACCUUUUGCCAAAGACUUCAAGGCUGUACGAGAGCACCUGCUGACCCACGUUUGUGUCCAGUCUUUGCGCUGUGUGGUGUGCCAACUGUCUCAGCCCUCCCUCUGUGCCCUGCUGUGGCACGCCCUCACACACCUCUCCCUGGCUGCCUUCUCCUGCCCGGUGUGUGCCUGUGGCUUCCUGGAGCGCCCCCUGCUGGACAGGCACAUGGUGCUGCAUGCCGACACCUCCAUGCUGGCCAGGGGAGGAGGGCCAGACGGCGCCAACGGGCUGGAGGAGGACUACCGCUGCUUCCUGUGCCCACAGACCUUCAGCUCGGCCGCCACCUUCCAUAGCCACCUGAGCGCCCACGCACGGGGAGAGUUGGGCCUUCAGGGCUGGAUGGGCGCUAGGAAGCGCAAACACGACACAGGGCUGGACUUCUCAUCCUGCUCGUCCUCCUCCCCAAUGGAUGGUGGUGGAGGAGGCAGCGGUCUGGGCAAACUCAACCUGGGCUUCGGCCUGGGCAUGGGUCUCCAGGACAAAGUGCUCCAGGGAGGGUUGCCCUGCUUCCCUGGCGGGCUGAUGCCGAACAGCAAUGACGGCUCAGGCGGUGCGAUGGGUGGAGUGGUGAAGCAGAAGUGGUACCGAUGCCGCUACUGCGGGAAACGCUUUGCCCACUCAGGCGAGUUCACGUACCACCUCCGCAUCCACACCGGGGAGAAGCCCUACCAGUGCAAGGUGUGCCUCCGCUACUUCCGUGGCCGCUCAACCAUGAUCUGCCACCUGAAGACCCACUCUGGCGCGCUCAUGUACCGCUGCACUGUCUGCGGCCUCUACUUCUCCACGCUCAAGCUGGUCUCCUCACACAUGGAGUUGCACAAGGACCAUCUGCCCCCAGACUUCAACAUCGAGCAGACCUUCAUGUAUAACGACCACUCCAAAGAGCCCCUGUCCAACCUGGAUGUCCCCUGAGUUGUCGAUAUCUCAACCCCACUGCCUUGUCCUAAGUGUUUCCUAUUUCUUAACCUCCUUGUGUUUGCCAGGGGACCAUAGCUCCGUGGACACAGAAUGUAUUUAACUGCCUGUUGGUAUAACCAUUGUGCUUUUCUAUGUGAAAUCUUGAGAUGGUAUAGCAGACAUUUUUUUUUUGUUCUACAGAAGAAAAAAAAACAGCCUUUAUGCGGUGCGUAGCAGUUUUUAAAACUCUGUCCAUUACUUAAUGGUCAGUAUUCCAAGCAAUGUCAUAGUAAUGUUUGUUGACUGCUGUAUGUGUUGAGUGUGUGAAAUGAAACCUUUUGAAAUUGGGUAGCGCCAUGGCUACUUGAUGGCAGCAUAUGAUUUGUGUGGGUGGAAAUCCCUAGAGUACUAUCAAGUAAGUGGUUAUCACCUCAGAUUCUAUUUGCUCUCUCAGGCCUAAGCCAUGGAAGACACAACAAGCUUUUUAAAUUAACUUUAAAGGUGCAAUAUGUUAUUUUUGUUGUCAGAAUUCGAAAAUGCUUUGAGACUUACAAAAAUGUCAGCAUUCUAAGGGCAUAGUAAAGCAACAGCAUCAGACCGUUUUAAUAGAUAUUGUUUGUUGUUUGUCUGGGAUUAUAUACUGUGUAAACCAAAACAUGAAGAAAACAAAUCCAUAAGAAAAACAUGUUUUCAAGCUCUAAGCCUAUAGAAUGUGCAAUUCUAUAGUGUGCUAAAUCAUAUUGUCCUUCAGAAUGGCAUUACUAUGGAGCCCCUAAGGAGACAUGAGCAAAAAUCUAAAGUUUAGUUUUGUGUACUCACGUGAAACUUUCACAUGCUCACCUGAAA